AUGGCAUGCCAGGCACAAUGUGAGUGCCCGUGUGUUGCAACGGGCCUCUACAUUGUAACCUUCAAAUACAAGGAUUUUCCACUUGCAACGGGGUCAGAAGUUCCAAUGUCUAGGAACAAUUCAGAAGAGUUUUCCACGGUUGCAACUGUGAUCAUGGUUCUAGGUAGUAGUAGCAGAGACGAGACGUCCUUUGAAGCCACCCCCUGGUUGGAAUCAGACUGCGAAGAUGAUUUCUACAGCGUCAACGAAGAUCUGACGCCUGCGGGAUCGUUCGCAUCCCGAACCAGCGGCCGGAACACUCCGCCACCUAGACCCCGCGAUCUACCGACGCUGGCGGUGAUCCUGAAGGCCGAACCCCUGAAGCCGCCGCCGCCGCAAAGGAGGCUGGGCGACCUCCUGCGAGAGGCGCAAGACGACGACAAUGACAAUGACACCGCCGUCGACGGCCUCUCCAGAGACGACUCCUUGCGCAUGGGCGCGGAGGCCAACCGGUGCUGCGUGCCGCGGCUCGCGUGGGCCAUUAGCUGCAACGGGAGGACACAACGCAAGUGA